CGGUACUUCUGCAUAUAAACUGUACAUGAACUGUAAAUAAAUGUUACUUGACAAAUACAAAUGCACACACAAACUACAUGGCACACACACACACACACAUACACCCCCGCCCCCUUCAUGGCUGAUUAUGAGGUCAUCGCAUUCUGCUCUGAUGUCAUACAGCUCUAAGAAUUCAUUAAGAUCUAUAGAAGCACACAGAACACUGUUCUUCUCUUGUACUUUGCUGAAACACAUCAUUUACAUGCUGUUGAGAUUUGCACAAGGAAGCCGAUAUGUGGAGAGUAUGAGGAGCACGAGAAACAGCAGAGACACACCGCUAGAACAGAUGGAGUGUGAGCGGCAGGAAUAUCUAUAUUCCCGAUGCCAGAGCUUGAGAGAAAAGGUUGCUGUAUAUGAGCAAAUGCACGAAGCCAUCAGGAGGCGAAUCUGUGGCCCAUCUGUCUGUGAGGAAGAUCUCAGGAACAGUCUACGCUGCAACUCCAGGAACUACAAUUCAACUGUUAACAGGAUGGAGACAACCGAGAGAGCCGCCGUGAGAGGACUAGCUAGUCCAAGACAGAAAACAGAUUUGAAGUUCCUAGAUGUAGGCAGCAAAGAACCGGCCGUAGUUAACCAGAAAACAGAACCUGAAGCCAGCUACAACCCCACCGGCAAUGUGGCUGCCAGAGAGCCAGUUGUAGUUAAGAUCAAAACAGAACCUGAAGCUAGUCACAAGCCUGCAGGCAACAUGCUUCUCAGAAAACCACCUGUAGUUAACAACAAGAUGGGACCUGAUGCCAUGCCCGCAGGCACCAUGGCUGCAAUAAAGCUGCCUGUAAUUAGCCAGAAAACAGGACCUGAUGCCAGCUACAAGCCCGCAGGCACCAUGGCCGCAAGAAAGCUGCCUGUAAUUAGCCAGAAAACACGACCUGAUGCCAGCUACAAGCCCGCAAGCACCAUGGCCACAAGAAAGCUGCCUGCAGUUAGACAGGAAACAGGACCUGAUGCCAUCUACAAGCCCGCAAGCACUGUGGCCUCAAGAAAGCUGCCUGUAAUUAGACAGAAAACAGGACCUGAUGCCAGCUACAAGCCCGCAAGCACCAUGGCCUCAAGAAAGCUGCCUGCAGUUAGCCACAAAACAGGACCUGAUGCCAGCUACAAGCCCGCAAGCACCAUGGCCUCAAGAAAGCUGCCUGCAGUUAGACAGGAAACAGGACCUGAUGCCAGCUACAAACUUGCAAGCACCAUGGCCUCAAGAAAGCUGCCUGCAGUUAGCCACAAAACAGGGCCUGAUGCCAGCUACAAACUUGCAAGCACCAUGGCCUCAAGAAAGCUGCCUGCAGUUAGACAGGAAACAGGACCUGAUGCCAGCUACAAACUUGCAAGCACCAUGGCCUCAAGAAAGCUGCCUGCAGUUAGCCACAAAACAGGGCCUGAUGCCAGCUACAAACUUGCAAGCACCAUGGCCUCAAGAAAGCUGCCUGUAGUUAGACAGGAAACAGGACCUGAUGCCAGCUACAAACUUGCAAGCACCAUGGCCUCAAGAAAACUGCCUGCAGUUAGACAGGAAACAGGACCUGAUGCCAGCUACAAACUUGCAAGCACCAUGGCCUCAAGAAAGCUGCCUGCAGUUAGACAGGAAACAGGACCUGAUGCCAGCUACAAACCUGCAGACACCAUGGCCUCAAGACAGCUGCCUGUAGUUAGACAGGAAACAGGACCUGAUGCCAGCAACAAACUUGCAGACACCAUGGCCUCAAGACAGCUGCCUGUAGUUAGACAGGAAACAGGACCUGAUGCCAGCAACAAACUUGCAGACACCAUGGCCUCAAGACAGCUGCCUGUAGUUAGACAGGAAACAGGACCUGAUGCCAGCAACAAACUUGCAGACACCAUGGCCUCAAGACAGCUGCCUGUAGUUAGACAGGAAACAGGACCUGAUGCCAGCUACAAACUUGCAAGCACCAUGGCCCCAAGACAGUUGCCUGUAGUUUGCCAGAAAAGACAACCUGAAGCCAGCCACAAGCCUGCAGGCAACGUAGUCAGCCAAACUCCAAGCCCUGGGCUUGAUGAGCUGAUUCAGCUGCUGAACCUGAAUUACUAACUUUAAUGAAUUACUGACAUUACUCGGAAAACUUACAACCUUACUGUGUUUUCCAAAUCCAAAAUAAAAUGCUUUUUAAUAAAGCAGUGUGACAUGCUACUAUAAUUUGCAUGUAUGUAGCUAUACGUUACAGAUUGCAUCGAGUGAGUUACACGACAACGUAACGUUUCCCAGGUGAUACGCUGUGCUACAGUGGCUGUACAUGGGAAUACCUAUGGUAAUACAUAGUACCAGAACAACACUAAAGCGAUAACUGUUAACACAUGGAGGACAACGGAACAGCACACAUGUACAGUGGGUGGAGACAAGGCGAACACCUUCAGAUUUCUCAGGGUUCAUGUCAGCGAGGAUCUCGCCAGGUCUCACGUAAUGAUGAACAAUGUCCGUACAUCCUAAGAAGCUUAAAGAAAGCUACAGGCGUACACUCCUACCAUCAGGGAGACGCUACAGGGACGUGAAAGCAUGAACCGAACGGCUGAGGAACUUCUUCACAUCUUGUUAACACUGGUCUA